AAAAAUUCAUGAGCGAUAUUGAAAGAAAUAAUGCAAGAAUACAAAGGUCUAUGUCACAGUUGUGUCGUAGCUCUCGUACAAGAUGCACGCGACAGACGAAUAUUAUAACAAGAUCAAUCGAGUAGUUCUUAAGAUACUUGGCUUAUGGCCUUAUGAGCAAUCAUAUUUCGGGCGGAUACAAAAAGUGUUUUUUGUCAGUAUUUUUUCGACAUUUAUUUUUGUCCAGUUACUACUAUUCAUCACAACGCAGUACGAUACGAACCUCCUGCUCAAGAUUCUCUCAUUUGUCUUGCCUGUUCUUUUCUGUUUUAUAAAGUAUUGCAUUUUUAUUAUACGAAGAGACAGUGUGAAGCAAAUGCUGAAGUACAAUCGAGACAACUGGAAAUUGGUUAAAGAUAAACUGGAAAUUGGUAUUAUAGAGAAAUACUCUUAUAUCGCGAGACUUCUCUCAAUAAUUUUGAUGGGCUUGUGCUGUUUUGCAAUAAUCACGUUCACAAUACUACAAUUUCUACCGCUAAUUUUUGAUAUUAUAUUACCAUUGAAUGAAUCACGUUCCUGUCGACUUAUCUUUAUCACGGAAUAUUUCGUCAACCAAGAGAAAUAUAUAUACGCUAUAUUUUUACACCAUAUACUAGCCAUAUCCGUAGCAAUAAUCGCAUUUUGUAACGUCAGUUCAACAUUCUUGAUGUAUGUCCUUCACACAUGUGCGCUGCUUAAUAUCGCAAGUUAUCGUAUAGAGAACGCGAUAGAGUGGAAUAUGUUAGCGAUCUCCAGCCCUGCAAGAGAGUAUCUCCUUUACCGGAGGAUUGUACAUGCGGUUACUAUUCAUCGAAGGGCCAUCGAGUUUAUUAAUUUUAUCACAUCUGAAUUUACGGUAUUAUUUGCUAUUCUGAUCGUAAUUGGCGUCAGCUCUUUAAGUUUAAAUCUUUUACAAUUUCUUCAAUUGAUAACAUUAACGAAUAAUAUCACAGAGAUAGUGGUAUUUGCUUUCAUGAUUUGUCUUCAUUUGGUUUAUAUGUUCAUCGCUAAUUACGCGGGACAAAAAAUAACAGAUCAUGGAAUAAAGUUGUUCCAUGCAAUUUAUAAUGGAAAAUGGUAUAUGACACCAUUGCAUACGCAGAAAAUGUUAUUAUUUAUAAUGCAAAAAGGAACGAUAUAUGUCAAUAUAGGUAUAUUUACUGCUUCCUUGGAAGGUUUUGCUACGCUCGUGAAUGCGGCAAUAUCCUACUUCACAGUGAUUCAUUCUACGCGACAAUAACGAACUAGGAAGAAUAAUUAAAUUAACAUAAAAGUGCG